UCGCACCUUUUCAGUAGAAUAAGUGUAAUAGUUGACAUCCGCAGGACGUGGAGGGUUAUUGUUACCCAAAAUCUCUUUUUCAAAUGGGCCCCGUCGCCUAGCGUUUACUCCCCUGAGCCUCGCCGACUGAAAUACUGAGUUGCGUUGGGUGCGAGUUCAACAUCAGCACGUACCGUAAGAAAAAGGGUUUUCCACCUGCACACGGCUGAAGAAAGAAGAUCGAGACAUGGCAUCAAUUCCAUCAAGCGGCUCACUUGUUGCUACCCAUGACUACUACAGAAGGCGCUUGGGAUCCAAUUCCAGCAGCAGUUCCUGUGGCAGCUCAGAGUACGCAGGCGAGGUCAUUCCACACCACCCAGGUCUGCCAAAACAAGAUUCCGGGCACUGGUGGUCCAGUUUCUUCUUUGGGAAACAGAACCAGCCAGGGGCAACUGCCUUGCCUGAGGCCCAACAGAAGGCGGGGACGUACCAGGUGACCAAUGGCCAGGUCACCUGUAUUGCCAGGGAGAUGGUGAUGAACAGGCAGCUCAGUGAGAGUAAUGAGUCUGGCAAGCCCGAGACCAGGAGCCCUCCACCUUCCUGAACUUGGGUCCAAGACCAACGCUAGGCGACGGAGGCGACUCCAUUUUUACUUGUAACAGGCUGCUUUAGUGUUGGGUUUUUUUUUUUUGUAACCUUUUUUAUCCAUGACAAAACAUGAAAGUUUUUUCACGUGUGUGUAACAACCUAGUGGCUAAGCCUUUAAUUUUUUCCACUUUCUCACCCAAAGUUUGCAGAUGAAUAAAGUUAGCCUUAAGCAGCCUA